GCGUCGCUAUAGAUUGGCGCGCAACGAAAGCAGUGAUUGUCUGUCCGUGUGAAAAUUUAGUCGAAAAUAUCUAGUUGAAAUGGAAAAUGCGGAUUUUCAGUCUAAUAGAAGUAGCAGAAUGGAACCGAAACCGUUUGCAGCUCGGCCUAUGGUCGAUCCUGAAGCCGAGGGCGAAGUAGAUCCUUCAUUGUACCCACAACCCAAGGAAUCUACUCAUAAAAUUCGCGGAAAGAGCGAUAUGCUGGAGAUGUUAUUUGGUCCUGUAGAUCAAGAGCUCUUGGUGGUAAAAAGUUUUUAUUUCUUCUUCUAUUCCGCUUUUGGAUCUCUCUUUCCUCUUAUGGGUGUUUAUUUCAAACAAAUGGGAAUGAAUGCGAGUCAAAGUGGUUUUUUAAUCGGUUCAAGACCUUUCGUCGAGUUCCUGUCGGCGCCUUUCUGGGGAAGUCUCGCUGAUAGGUGGCGAAAGGGAAAGAUAUUACUUUUGGCUUCCUUAGCUUCUUGGAUAGUUUUUACAGUUCCUCUCGGUUCCAUCCAACCUCCUGCUACGUCUUGUAUGGUUAUUAAGAAUAAUACUGCGUUGCUUACCGCUCCGGAAGUUAAAAUCGGAAGAGUUGUCAUAACGAAGAGAUCGAUUCAAACGGAAAAUUUAGCGGAGGCUUAUUUCAAACAAGAAUCACAAACCCCCACACUUUCCAGGAAACCAAGAGAUCUUCAAUCAGUGUCGGUAAACGCGGGCCAAUCACCUAUAAACGUUCAGUACGCAUCCAACUAUCAAGAAAAAGAACACGAAAGUUGGGUGCAACCUAUCAUAUCAUCGAUAGUUUAUCGUACUCAAGAUAUCCAAAAAUGUUUUUUUCUACUUUUGCUACUUGUGAUUAUCGGGGAAUUCUUUAGUGCUCCAGCAGUUACUCUAGCAGAUUCGGCGGUUUUGACUUUACUGGGAGAAGACGCAGAUACAUACGGCCACCAAAGAAUGUUCGGAUCACUCGGUUGGGGUUUAGCUAUGUUUUUCGUCGGUAUAGCUCUAGAUCAUUCGACUGCUUUUCCGAACCAUCCUUGUGGGCCCGAUAAAAAGGAAAAGAAUUACACUAUUUGCUUCGCCACAUUCUCCGUUCUCAUGGGCGCCGCUUUAAUCAGCGCUACUCAAAUUACAUUCAAAUAUGAAGAACCAAUACCAGAAUCCACAGUAGUCGAUGACAAGACUCGAACGCCCACCGAAGAGGAUCGCAUGCAAGCUCAACUGGCUGAACAGCUUAACCUUCCUUCUUUAGCUGAUACUAGAGCUGUUGAUGGUCAGCCGGUUGCACCUAAGGAACAAAAGUCCAAAAUAUUUGCUCAAACUACUCGAGAAAUUCCCGAAUGGUUAACAGUAAUCAAACAAUACAAGAAUCUGAAAUGCGCGUCUUUCCUCUUCGUCGCAUGGUUCAUGGGCUUUGGAAUUGGAUUGAUAUUCACCUUUCUGUUCUGGCAUUUACAAGAUUACGGUGGAUCACCUACAUUGUUCGGAGUUGCUUCAGUUAUCAAUCACGUAUCAGAAAUUUUUGCAUAUUUCUUCAGUUUCCGACUUAUCAGACAAAUGGGACACGUUAAAGUGCUGUGCCUAGGCCUUAUUGGCAAUACCUUACGAUUCUUAUACAUAUCAUGGUUGACCAAUCCGUGGUGGGUCUUACCUUUCGAAUUUAUGCAAGGAAUUACUCACGCAGCGGUAUGGGCAGCUUGUUGUUCCUACAUCGCCCAUAACACCCCAAUAGAACUUCGUUCAUCCGCUCAAGGAGUUCUACAAGGUAUUCAUCACGGACUCGGUAGAGGUUGUGGUGCUGUUAUUGGUGGUAUCUUCGUUAGUUCCUUCGGAUCAACGGCUACUUUUAGAGGAUAUGGAAUUAUAUGUCUAGUAGUACUUGGAGCUUUCAUAUUCAUCAAUUUCUAUAGGGUCGAUCAAGGAUUUGUUUCGGAUUUACCACAGACGGAAGAUCCAAGACAAGUGGCCGAAGAAACAUCUCAUUUGGCUCCACAUGGUGUACCAAGCAAUCCGCUUCCACGAGCUUUAUCUAGUACCAAAUUACAAGAAUUAGGUAAUCAAGAUGGAUACGGAGCGACCUAUCAAAUGGGGCAAGGUGGUACUUUGAACGUUCCGGGGGCGAAUCCGUUUAGCACUCAAACUCAAUCACAGCAAUACGCUGGAUACGAGGUAAGAAACAGUAACUACUAAGACGGCCUCUUCAAGAUGUAAUUACCCAGAAGCUAGUACUACAGUGAUGAUACAGCAGCCGAUAUCUACUACUAACUCUACAUAUGAAUGGUAACAUGACAAAAUAUCAGAUAAAACAUAUUCAUACUUUUAACGUAUUUGAAAUGAUGUUAUCUCGAAAUACAUUUAAUUUUAAUAAUUGAGAUAUAAGGCAUACCCAGGAAGUAAGUUCCAUUUGGUUAUAUAAAAAAAAAGUGUACAGAUACAGAAAAAGUAUUUAUUGUACAAAAAUUUAUAACGGUUAAACUAAUUUUCUACAUAGUUUCCGAAAUUUUGGAGUCACUCGUCAUAGCGUGGCACUAGUUUUUGAAUGUCUUCUUCAUAGAAAAUUACCGCUUCUGUUUUCAAUCAUAUACAUUCAGCUCAUCAUCAUCGUGUAAGAAGAAAUGAAAGUCGUUAGGAGCGAGGUCUGGGAUGUACGGAGAAUGAACAAACACGAUUCUGUAAGAGUUUUUUUGUUACGUUCGUAUUGUGAGGUGGAAGGGAACAUUUUUUGACAGUAAUUUUUGACGACCGCUCUAUACUAAAAUUCCUUAAAGGUCUCGAAGUUUAGUGCAGGAAUUCAAGCUCAAAAUGAUGUCAAACCUCCAAAUUCUUUGAUGCCAAUUUUCCUGAAUAUUUAUAAUUAAGCUCAUAUCAAGAUCUACAUGUUCGCAAGGUGUGCAAAUUGUUUUUAAAGGGUGAAAACCACCCCUUAUCGAAAAAUGCCAAUAUUAUAGUUUUUCCUACUUUUUUUCAAUUCAAAUGUUUUUCAUUUAAACAGCAUACAUAUCUUGACAUAUUGUAUAAUAAAUAAUUUUAAAGGUAAUUUUCAGGGCUAUAAACCUAUGUAUGUUAGAAGGGCUUAAGACCCUCCAUAUUUUAUUAAUAAAGGGUCAAAGAGCUGUGGAUAAGCAAUCAUCGCACUAUAGUGACGGAUUAAUUUGGUUAUAACUCCGUCAAUUUUUAUGCUACAGAAAAGAUAAGAAAGCAAAAUAAUCGUCAAAAAAAAUAUUUUAAUUUGACUGUUUAUUUGUUUUUGUAUUUCGUAUAGUUAUGGAGAAAAAAAUGCGCAAAAAAAUUUUUUGGAAAAUCAAAAAAAAAAGUAUUAUUUAAUGUUCAUUUUUUUAAAAAUUAUACAUUUCUAAUCAGCUAAACUUUCAGAUGUCGUAAAUAACAACAAAUAAAGUAUUUGGUACAAGGAAUAAGUAUAAUUUUGAUUUUUAAUGAAAUAACAUUAGUUUUAGUGCAUUUUUUUAGCUUUAACUAUUUUACAUCAUAUCUCACUGAAAUUUCAGUCGAAACGACUUUUAUCAGUGGUCAUUUGAAAGGUCUUUUUAAGCUCUUUAAAAAGUAUUCUAUGACUUUUUGUUGAAAAAUGUAUCCUUUUCCCAUUAUUUGAGAUUAAAUGCUCAAUUACGUAAAAUAAAAGCUAUUCAAGUAUCUAUAACUUGCUUUAGGUAGAACAUUAAUAUCGUAAAAUAUAGCUAAAUUUCUUUGUUUUUUAUAAGCUUCAUUUUUGUUUAUUACACUUUUUUCGAUAAAAUGCAUUACAGAGUUAUAAAUAUAAAAUAAAAAAUAUAAAAAUACGGUUUUUUCGAUGAAAAAUCGUACUUUUCAAUUGCGAAUAACUCAAAAACUAUUGAUCUGGCCAAAAAACUCUAUAUGAUAUUUUUUACUUCAAAUUUAUUGAUCUUUCGAUAUCUAGGGUUACUUGGGGUUAAAUAUUUUCCAUCCCCGAAAAGGAGUGGGGGGUUGCACAAUUUGGCACCAUGCAGAUCUCGCUUUUUGUAUACACACCUAUCAUCUGUCAAAAUUUCAAAUAAAUCGGUGCUGCAUUAAAAAAUUCGGAGGGGAAAUACUUGAAUAACUGGCCUAUGAAACAUUUGCAUAGAUUGGUUCGCCUCGUAGUAAGAAAUUAAUUGAGCAAAAUUCAUUUUUUUCCAAAAAACGGUGCCCAAAUUUUCGAGGUGUCAAGAUUUGCUAAAGCCUAACUUUCCUUAGGAACGAAGUGUGUCUCUAUUGAAAUGAUUGCCGUUUAGUUUUUGGGGUCUCGUAAGAUAUCCAAGUUUCAUCCCCCGUGACAAAAAUUGAAAUGUAAUGCCUCCCCGUUGUUUAGUAUAUAGUCUAUACGCAUACGGAAUGCUGCUAGUGCUUGGAAGGGGAUAAAACUGCAUCAAGUCGUCGGUGAGUACCAAUCGCUUAAAAUGGUAAGGUUCAAACCCAUGGGCAAGCCUUAUAAUUUGCCUAAUGAUGUUGAAAUGUUCAACCUUAUUAGCUUCAGACACAUCAAUAGUUCACCUUUACCUCCAACAUAGUCCAUUCUGUUUCAAUGGAACUGAACUAAAAGGAAUCGGGGUUCAUAUCUAACAAAAAUUAUUAAAAUUGGAUGUACAGAUAUUGGUGAUAAUUUUUUUUUUGAAACCCAAUAUAGGUAAUAAUUUUAGGUUUCUUAUAUCAGGGAAAAUUAGUAUUUUUGUAAAUCCUAACAUCAUAAUUAAGAAUGAUGACUUAAUCACAUAUUUUCAUAUUCCUGGGAGUAAAAUUAUUUCUCUAUAAUAAUUUACCAUAUUUACAUAGUAUAUUAAUGAAAUAGUUUGAAUUUUCGAGUGACAAAGUCCACUAUGCAAUGUAGAGAAAUUCCGGAUUAAUCUAUAUGAAUAAUUUUUUUCUAAUUUCAAAAAUUACUUCCGGAUAAACCAGAAAUGGCAACGCAGAAACUUUGUCCCGGUAACACGAGUCUAUUCCUUAAAGAUAAAUAUACAGCGAGUUUUAUACAUGGAACGUCCAAAUUAUCUCAUUAACGGUUUGUACCAUUUUUAUACAUUUUUGUGCGCAAGGGUCUUGUAAUACGGCCGGUAUUAUGGUUCACCCUGUAUAUUUUUUGCUUUUCGAAAUUCUUAAGAAACAAAACAAACAUCCGUAAUGAAAAUUUUACAUGAUAAUAAAUUCCAUCCAUAUAAAGUAACGUUGGUUAAGAGUUGUCAGAUGACGAUUUUGAUAGACGUAAACAGUUUGCAGACCUAAUUUUGCAAUCAAAACUAUCCAAACGUAAAUCGGCAUGAUUGUAGAUACUGUUCACGUAGCAAUCCUCGUUGGAUGCGUGAAUCCCACACCUAAUAUCCCGAAAAACUGGUUUUCUGCGCCUUGAUAUGCGAAAAAUAUACAAGGUGAUCUAUUUGAAAUAACAAAGUUCAUUAUUUUUCCGGAAAAAGUAAAGAUCUGACAAGUAUAUACCACCAUAAUACCGGAAGUACCAUAAGACCCUUUGUACACAAAAAUUUAUAAAAAUCGUACAAGCCGUUUCCGAGAUAAUUGAGGCGUUCCAUAUGUAAAACUCACUCUGUAUAGAUCCUCGGAAUUAUCUAAAAAAUGGAAAAGCUUCAUUGCACAAUCCAUCACCAUUCGCUUACGAAGUCAGAUUGUCGGCGAUCACUUUUGCUUAAAGGUGUAUACAUUUUUCUACUGUUACGUUUAAAAAAAUAAAUCGAUAGAAAUUGUGAGAAUUUAAUUGACGAUUAUUCAAAAAAUAUAUGUAAAUGUAAAUAGUGGGUGAAAAUGUGAUUGAUAAAUUAACAUCUAAUGUGUAUAAACAUUCAUAAUAUUGUAGGUAUAAAAAGACAUAUCAUAAACGUUUAACAUACGUUGUUGUUUUAGAUAUUAAACGUAAACUUUCAGAUACAUUUUUCAAAAAUUUUCAACGAACUUUCAUUAUCACAUGAAAUUCAAUCGACAAUCGUGUUAAGGCUCGUUGAUUCUUAUGCCGGACCUGUAUCUAUUUUAUAAUGGAGAUUUAUGGAAACUAUGAUCGGGUUAAUGCUAGAUUAAAUUUAAAAAACCACUAAUUAUACUCCAAACAUGUUAAUAUACUACACAUACUCCGCAAUUGCUUUAUGUAUCUUUUUUUAUAUUUGCAACUUUACAAUGUUUUGAAAAUAGGCUCCAAAUGGUGCCGGUUUUAAUCAAUAUGUGACAUCAAAGUACACGAGAAUCACAGAACAUACUCUACUAGGUAUAUUUUGAUGUUUUAGUCAUGUUUUGUGACUAGAAAUGAAAGAAAAUGCAUUAGUUCUGCCACGUACCAUCGAGGGCACUGGCAUCGAAAAUCCGCCAUGUUGUUUCCACUGAAUAACAACUAAGUUUGCAUUUCUUCUUAUACCGUACACAUAGAGAAAGCAGGUUACUUGCUUACCGGCAAUAGGCGCAGUUAAGCAUCGAUAAUUUAGUCAGCUAAGACAAAGACAAAACUUGUCGGAACUUGCAACAAGCUUAAACCGGCACAGAGGAAUUUACCUGAAUGAAUUUUCAUUUCUUGGUCGCUUGUUGUUGUUGCAAAGGGAAACUCUAAGUUGGAAUGAUGAAAUUAUAAAAUUUGCAAUAUUCACAACAAAAAGCUGAGCAGUUCAUAUGGUUCAUAAUCCACAUAUAUUGCACUACAUAAAUAUUGAUUGCCGCAAAGGGAAACUCUAAGUUUAAAUGAUGAAAUUAUAAAAUUUGAGCAACAAAAAAUGGAAUAUUUACAACAAAAAGCUAAGCGAUCGCCGGAGACAGUGGAAAACGAUGAUCACAAAUGUUUUUUUUUUUCAAGUUUGCUGCCCCAUGUGCGUAAAAUACCAGCAAACCAAAUACUGUCAUUUAGAGGACGCGUGCAGAAACUUGUUGAGCAAUACGCGUACGGGCUGGGUCGUUUUUUUACAUCAACUCCUAAGUUUCUGCCUACUCUUGCAGUUCAAUAUUUUUUGUCUUCACAAAACUGACUAUACCUGUGUGACUAAUUAGUUCGUGUUGAUUUUUAUUUUCUUGAAUCACAUUAUAAUUUUGUAUUCUUAUAAUUGAAGUGUUCAAUAAAUGUUAAAUUAGUUAAACAAAUAAGAUUUUACUCACCUGAUAGUAAUAACAAGUCUUUCUUCGAGAAAAAUUGGCUGUUCGUGCCAGUUGCAACAAGUUUUUGUCAGACGCUGUUAAUUUUUUACUAUGAUAUAAUUAAAUACGUCUAAUGUCAUCUUUAUGUACUGCCAAAAAGCGUUGCUUAUCUUGCUUCAAAGUCGAGAAAAGAUGAUGAUAUUCUCCAUAAACUACUCCAGUAGUAGUAGUAGCCAUAACUCGACAUCCUGACUCCAUCAAAUUGGCUUUAUCACUGACAGGCAAUCAGCACCAGCAGAAAAAUCGACGCCGGUUUUUAGCGCCUACAAUAGGUGCUGGAUAAUCUGUUUUCUUUAUUCAUGCGGCCUUAGGAUAUGUUCUGUGACUAGAACUAUACGAUAUAGACCUCAAAAUCGGUUUUACUAACAUCGACGAAGUUCCUAAUUAUUGUAUAGAUUGAUGUUUAUACUUUUUUUUUUCAUGUUUUGAUAUAAAAAAUCAAUCACAACAAUAUAUUUCUCUUUAGUACAAAUAUUGUAGAAAAAUGUAUCUGAAAAUAUUCAAAGAAUUAAAAAUAAUUCAAUCAUAUACGUGAUAAGUUGAUGCUUGUCUAAAUAUAGAAAAACAUAGAUAAUAUAUUAUUUAUUUGACUGAUUAUUAAUGUAAUUAUUUGGCACUUUUUUAUUUUCACAAAAAACACUAUUUAUACUUCUAUUAAGUUAAUAUACUCAUUUGCACAUAUUCAAAUAUCACAUAAAUUUCCUUUUGAUAAUGAAAACAAUUAUUUCACUUUAGUACAUAUAUUCUAGAAGUGAAUAAAAUUACUUUCUGUCCAUCGACUGAUUCGCUGAUUACGAAUUAGGCAAUAGUUUCCCCCCCAAAAAAAAUGGCGGAUCUAAUAUGUGGACCAUAAUUUUGCAGCAGAUCUUGGUUUGCAACUACCAGCCGUGGAGCGCUCGGAUUCAUAAGAGGCACGCCUGGUUCUUUUUUUGCCCUUAGGUUUCACAUUUUGGCCUUUCCCCUUCUUUUUCUUUGCGGGAACAGCUGGAAUAUCUUUGGGAUCCAUAAGAUCAUCCGCUGUAAUGCCCUUCCCAGUGUGGAUAAUCAGCUUUUUUUGCAUGUCUUUUUUGCAACACACUCAGUUCGAAUAUUUUUCAGGUGUUCGACAAAGCUUUCAUGAAUCUUGUCUUUGAAGUCAGACUUAUCACAGACAGAGUCACUUAACCUUUCGAGAACUUUAUUUGGAUCCAAUGGGAAAAUUCCACAUUUUCGGAAUCCUGCUUGAAUAGUGUAGCUCUGGUGUUCAAAGUUUUCUAAGGUGGUUUUGAUCAAUUUGGGUAACAUAUCCUUCGGCACAGUCCCGCACCUUCUGCCUUGAGGAGUCAUUUUCCAGGCGUCCAAUGUUUUUCGUCAUUCAACCUUUAAUGGUCUAAAAAAUGCCACAUCUAGUGGUUGCAGAAGAUGGGUUGCUUUGGGAACAAGAGCUACGAAGACAAUGUCAUUUCCUUCACAUUUUUUGAUGACAUCAAAAUUGAAAUGAGAAGAUAAAUUGUCUCUUAGGUGAACCUUUUUUCCCUGUUGCCUUCUAACGACCUGCAACCUGGUGGCCCUCCCUCAUUCCAAGUAUUAUAGACGUUCUCUGCUCGGUAGAUGACAUAUGGUGGUACCAAAUCUCCAGCAGCAUUCCCACACAUCAUUACUAUGGUGCAGGCUUUUGUUGCGUUUCUUAUAAGUUCAGGGUUACUUGGUACCUCUUUUCACAAGAGCAUUUGGGCAUCCUGGAAAUUUGUCUUAUCAUAGUUGUAAAUAUUUGAAGGUGGUACCCCCUCAACCCCUUUUUCAAAAUGUUUGAAAUAGUCUUCAAUCACAGUCUUAUCCACAGAGGCACGGCUCAAUGAUAUGUUUUUGGCCGCUCUUUGAGUGAUUUCAGGAUGCCUUCCCAUGAAAAGCUUGACCCAGUCACUUCCAGGUAGGUUAUCUUUGAAAAUGGAAACAUUCCGGACACACUUUUCCAGUUAAGACUUGACAAUUACUUUUAGGUCAUUCACGCAAAGAGGAAAGCCAUAGGUUGCCACUGCCAGGAUAUAACCAGUCAGAACCUCCUCUUCCUCACGGGAGAACACUGUUGGACGACCUGGCGACUUGAGGUUGGCUAAGACUGAGGCUUCUUCCUUCGCUGCUUUUUUUGCUUUUAUGUAUAAUGCUAUAGUUGCAACUGGAAUACCGUAUGCAUAACAAACAAAAAGAUACCUGUAUAAAUCAAAUGCAUUCAUCAAGAAACACAUUUCCAUGUCAACAUAGGAAGUUAAACUUACUUUUCAGCAGCAGCUCUGAUUGUUAUCUGACGUUUGAGAUAUUUAUCCACAGCUUCAUACAAAGUUUCAGCACUGUAGUGAUAAAUAAAACAUGAUAAAGUAACCCCAUGGCCAUGUUCAGAAUUCCCCAUGUAUCAAAGUUACCCCUUUAACUUGUGUUGUUUUAUGUUUUAAUUCAUAGUAAAUCGUAGAAUUGAAUUAUAUAAAUAAAAAAAGGCAAAAUCAUCUUGUGUAAUCAGAAAAUAACUCACCCGAAUUCAACAGGUUGCUCAGUUGAUGGCACCAGAAGAGGUUACGACAACAAACUGAAAACAGCUGAUAUCACUAAUAACACAUAAAUCAGUGUUGCGAAAAAUCUUUUUCUGUUUCAAUCGACGGGCGAUGUCAGCGCACUCUGAUAAUUGAUUCUUGAAACCCCGACACCACCAGAGGAUCGCUAUUUGUAAAAUUAAGCCCGCCAGAACGGCUCAAAAAUAAAAAACAGGUUUUUAUAAAGUUACCCCGUGAGUAUAAAGUAAUCCCUGUUUACGGUAUUAAAUCAGUUGGUGCAACAGUGAAACGUAAGUUUUCAAUGUAUUCAGACUCAGAUGAGAAAUACGUCAUUGAUUAUUAUCAAUACCGCAGAUAACGCAGGGUACAGAGAGAAUAUUAGAUCCAUUUAUAGAUUUAUAUCGAAUUUCGAUACAAAUCAUUUCCCCCACAAAUUUGAGAGUUAGUUCUUGAUCACUUAUAUUGAAAAAAAAAACCAAAUGAACAUAUGAGAAUCAAAUGAAACAACACCUAAGAUCGCGGAAUCAUGGUCACAUACAACCGAUUGCACACUAGUUUUAUUCGAAUCACCUCGUGAGUGAUUCCCCGCUGUUAUACGUUGCCGAGGUUGCCAAGCCGUUCCAAGAUCAACUGGUUUGCAGCCUUUGUUUCAAAACAGUUGCAUCCUGAGCGGUGGGCUUUCAUGUCUGUAUCUCCAUCGAUCACAACGAAACGUAAUUUUCGAAGAUGUUUAACAUAAUUUAUAUUUCAUCAUUUAUACGUGUUUUCGGUAAGGAAAACAGACACUUCCAAGUCAUUGACACUGCAUCUGCAGGACUCUAAGAAUGUUCAAUAAUUUGAUAGGAAAUUGUUAAUAAUAAAAAACUUUUGGUUAUUUGUAUAUUGCAAUAGAAUUUCUUAGUGAAUAUGUGUUGAAAUAACGCCAUUACCGAACUUAACUUACCGCUAUUUUUGACACCGUGGCACAAAAAGUAACAUUACACUCAAGGUUGUAGAUUGGCGCAGCUAAUUCUUCAAUUUUUCAAAAGUUAAACAUUCAUAGAACAUCAUAAAAACCAAAUUUCAAAUAAUAUAGGAACAAAAAAAAUUAUAGUACAAAAAUUACCCCCAUUUCAUGAUUAAUAACUUUUUACAGGUUAUUUAUUACCAAAUUUUCAUUUCCCCUACUAUUUAGAUGAUACCUUACGGAGGAGAAUCCAUGGUAAAAUACGUUUUAAACUGUAUGUGCACAUCGUGGAGCGAUGUUUCUAAAGCCUCUUGAAGCCGGAAUUUAUUAUGACUAAGGUAUCCUACUAAACAUUGCAAAAAGAUCCUUAGCUGAAACCUUCAUUUUUCGAAUCUUUGUCAGCUUUUUGGCAUUUGGCAUUGGCGCCGUCUAGUGUUAACAUAGGAUUGGUGUAGGACAAACUAUAUAUAACAAUCAUUAUUAAUAAAAUAUUCAAUAAAAGGAAAACAAAUAUUUUACUAAUAUCCAAAGUCUUGUGUUCUAUUCUUGCGUUUGUUUUUCACGUGAAGAUUUAUAAUUUUUUUAGAAUAUCGUUGCAAAUGAGUAAAAGCGUUUUAUUCUAAUGUUUUAUAAAAAUGGUUAUUGUUUAUGUAGUCUAUUGAAUGUUCAAUAAUAAUAUAGAUAAUAA